AUGCAAUUCUCACUCCUUGGACUCUUGGCCUCUGCCGCCGUCGUGUCUGCUGUACCAGCGCCAGACCAAUACUACAGUGGGAACCUACUCAAGAGACAGAUCUCCACUUGUGAGGCAAACACUAUCUACUGCAACAGCUCCGAUACUUUCUCCCUUUGCGCGCCCGGACCAAACGGCAACCAAGAGGUCUUCUUCGGCUCCGUCGCCGAUGGCACAUACUGUGACGAGUCAGAGAACAAGAUUCGAGCCAACAACUACGGUGACUGUUCGCCUGACGGGCAACUUUUCUGCGAUAUCAGCGGAACCGCGUUCUAUGAGUGUGACCAAGGAGGGUUGAUUUACUUUGGGCCUGUGGCUGCUGGGACAACUUGCGUGGAUGGGACUAUCGUUGCCACGAACUAG